AUGGCCACCACCGAAGCCUUCUCACUACUCAGCAGUUCGACAAGUCCUUUCGAUACCACCACGACCACACACAAUGGCCGCCCAUCUCGUCAACGCAUCAAAUCGAACUCACAAAGGUUACCUUCAAUGCCCCAUGUCCAAACACGGCCCGGCCAACUAGCAAAGCCUGAUAAACGUCUGCGGAGGAGGAAGCGGUCUCGUGGGUACCUCCGAGGACUCCUCCAGCGAACCUGGGCCAUACCUCUGGGACUCAUUUUCGGCUUCCUCGGACUUUACGCCUUUAACCCGACUGAAUCCAAUGUUGUCCAUCAUUUUCUCUUUCUUUCCUACAAGCUCGAUGAUGGCCAGUACGGAAAGGGACCUUGGGACUUUGCCUUCGUCGGCUUCUACACCAUCUUCCUCACCUUCACUCGCGAGUUCAUCAUGCAAGAGGUGCUGCGGCCGCUGGCGCGUCUGGGAGGGAUAAAGUCCAAAGCUAAGCAGGCCCGCUUCAUGGAGCAGAUGUACACGGCCUGCUACUUUGCUUUUUCUGGGCCACUUGGACUUUACACCAUGAAACAGACCCCCGGCCUAUGGUAUUUCAAGACGCGCCCAAUGUACGAAACGUAUCCGAACUUAGCCCAUGAUGGCAUCUUCAAGUUCUACUACCUGUUCCAGGCGGCCUAUUGGGUGCAGCAAGCCAUCGUGAUGGUCCUCGGCCAGGAGAAGCCGCGGAAGGACUUCAGAGAGCUCAUCGGGCACCACAUCAUUACCAUCAGCCUCAUUUUCCUGAGCUACCGCUUCCACUUCAUGUACAUCGGCAUCUCCAUCUACAUCACGCACGACAUCAGUGACCUCUUCCUAGCCGCGGUGACCUUCGCCCUCUGCAUCGCCGCCUGGAUCUACCUGCGCCACUACCUGAACCUGACCAUCCUCUACUCUCUCGCCACCGAGUACGCCGUUGUCGGCCCCCUCGCGCUGGACUGGGCCGCCCAGGAGUACAAGUGCCGCGGCGCGCAGGCCGCCACCUUUGCGCUGCUGGCCGCGCUGCAGGGGCUGAACUUGGUUUUGGCUGUAUUGCUUGUUUCGGAGCGCCUAUCGCUUUGUGGUGUUGGGGGUCGCGAAGGAUGA